AUGGAACACAAACCCAUACCUGGCCCUCCAGGCCUGCCCAUCGUGGGCAAUAUUGCAGAUAUUGAUGCCACAAAUCCCAUUCAAUCAAUGUGCAAUUUAACUUUGCAAUAUGGUUCCAUAUGGAAAUUCUACCUUGGCGGCGACCGUAUUGUUGUUGCCUCACAAACUCUCAUGGAUGAAAUUUGUAACGAAGAGCGGUUUAGCAAGGUCAUCGCAGCUUCACUGCGUGAAGUACGCAAUGGAGUACAUGACGGCCUUUUCACAUCCUACGGACCCGAAGAGAAGAACUGGGGCAUUGCCCAUAGAGUCCUUCUACCUCAGCUUGGGCCACUUGCGAUCCGUAACAUGUUCAAUGAAAUGCAUGACAUUGCCUCCCAACUUGUCAUGAAAUGGGCAAGACACGGCCCGGAACACAAAAUUCUCGUGACCGACGACUUCACGCGGUUGACGCUCGACACUAUAGCUCUUUGUGCAAUGGACUACCGCUUCAACUCUUACUAUCAGGAGCGCAUGCACCCAUUCGUCGACGCGAUGAGUGAUUUUCUGAAGACCAGCGGAGACCGAGCCCGGAGAGACCCUAUUACGCAGAUGUUUUAUCGUGCUGAGACCCAAAAGUAUUGGGAUGACAUCGCACUGCUCCGGAAGACUAGUCUGGAAGUGAUUCAGAACCGCAAAGACAACCCGAACGACAAGAAGGAUCUGCUAAAUGGAAUGUUAAAGGGCGUAGAUCCCAAAACUGGUGAGAAAAUGAGUGACGAAAACAUCAUUGACAAUAUGAUUACCUUUCUCGUUGCUGGACAUGAGACAACCUCGGGGUUGCUUUCAUUCACGUUCUACUAUCUCUUGAAAAGUCCAGAGGCCUAUAACAAAGCGCAACAGGAGGUUGACACAGUAAUUAGAAAAGGUCCCAUCACGGUUGAUCAUCUCUCAAAACUGCCUUACUUGAAUGCUGUGCUCCGCGAGAGUUUACGCCUACAGCCCACCGCACCAUCUAUUGGACUUACGGUCAAGGAAGAUGCAACUAUCGGCGGAAAGUAUGCCGUGAAGAAGGGGGUUCCCCUCGUCGCCUUGCUACCUAUGAUUCAUCGCGACCCCGCUGCAUAUGGAGAGGAUGCCGAAGAAUUUCGACCUGAGCGAAUGCUUGAUGAAGAAUUUGAGCGUCGCAACAAGGAGUUCCCCAACUGCUGGAAGCCAUUUGGUAACGGGAUGAGAGCGUGUAUCGGAAGACCAUUUGCCUGGCAAGAAGCUCUUCUCGUAUUGGCGAUCCUUUUACAGCAUUUCAACUUUACCCUGGACGACGCCUCAUAUCAACUCCACAUCAAGCAGACACUCACGAUCAAGCCUAAGGACUUCUACAUGCGUGCACACCUUCGCAAUCACGUUUCAGCUACAGAUUUAGAGCGCUCGCUCUCGUCGACAACAGCCCACGAGCCGCCUGUAGCCAGCGGCGUGUCGAAAGUGAAGAAGCAGAUCAAGGAUGGCAAGCCGAUGGCUAUAUACUACGGAUCAAAUACGGGAACAUGUGAGGCACUGGCCAACAGACUGGCCAGCGACGCUGCUAAUCACGGUUUUCGAGCGGAUGUCGUUGAUACCCUUGACUCUGUGCGGGGAAGCCUACCCAAGGAAAAGCCUAUAGUCAUUGUUACAGCAUCAUAUGAAGGCGCGCCAGCCGAUAACGCUGCUCACUUUGUCAACUGGGUAGGCACGCUCAAAGAAGAUGAGAUGAAGAAUGUGUCGUACGCUGUUUUUGGCUGUGGGCACCGUGACUGGGCUAAGACUUUCCACAAGAUUCCAAAAUAUCUUGAUUCUACACUUGCCGAGUGUGGGGCCAACAAGUUGGUUGAAAUGGGUAGCACUGACGCUGCAUCGGGUGAUAUAUUCACUGAUUUCGAGACAUGGGAGGAUCAGGUUCUCUGGCCUGCGAUGCGGGAGAAGUAUGGAUCUGCUGGAGCUGACGGAGAGGGUUCGCUUGAGACUACGCUUGACGUCGAAGUAUCUACACCGCGAUCGUCGACCUUGCGUCAGGACGUCCGCGAAGCUCGUAUCGAAGAGGUCCAAGUUCUCUCCAGUUCUGGAGUCAGUGAGAGACGGCACAUUGAGAUCAGUCUUCCAUCUGGCGUGACCUACUCGGCUGGUGAUUACUUGGCAAUACUGCCUCUUAACCCUAAAGAAAACAUUCAUCGCGCAAUGAGGCAUUUCGGACUGUCGUGGGACAGCAUGUUGACCAUAUCCUCCGCUGGCCCUACUUCAUUGCCCACCGACACGCCAAUCAGCGCGAUCGAUGUGCUUGGUGCUUAUGUAGAGCUCGCUCAGCCCGCGAGCAAGCGAAAUGUGCUUGCGAUUGCGGAUGCUACAAGGGAUGAUGCGGAAAAGAAAGAGCUCAGCCGCCUAGCUGACGAGGCUUUCACAGAGGAAAUCACUGCCAAACGUGUCUCCGUUCUCGAUCUUCUCGAACGCUUCCCUUCUGCGAAGCUUCCUCUUGGUGUCUUCCUGAAGAUGCAGCCCCCGAUGCGGGUUCGACAAUAUUCCAUCUCGUCUUCACCGCUAUGGAACCCUACUAACGUGACACUGACUUAUGCAGUCGUCAAUCAGCCGGCUCUGAGUGGUCAGGGUCAGUACGUGGGAGUUGCGACCAACUAUCUUGCGAACCUUGCACCAGGAGACAAACUGCAUGUCAGCGUUCGCCAGUCGCACCAGGCGUUCCAUCUGCCCAAGGACGGGAAAAAUGUGCCUGUCAUCAUGAUCGCUGCAGGAACUGGUCUUGCGCCUUUCCGUGGCUUCAUCCAGGAGCGCGCCGCCCAACUUGCAGCAGGGCGUACCCUUGCCCCAGCCAUCCUAUUCUAUGGUUGCCACUCUCCCGAUAGCGACCUUCUUUACGCUGACCUUCUUCAACGCUGGGAACGGCUCGGCGCAGUGUCUCUCCGCUAUGCCUUCUCACGUGCUCCUGAGAAGUCCGAGGGCUGCAAAUACGUGCAAGACCGCGUGUACCACGACCGAGCCGACAUUGUUGAACAAUUCGACGCCGGUGCCAAGCUUUUUGUUUGUGGAAGCCGAGGGGUUGGAGAUGGUGUGCAAGAAUGCUUGAUUAAGAUUGCGAAGGAACGACAACAGGAAAUCAAGGGGCGUGAGGUAGACGAUGCAAAGGCAAGGGAAUGGUUCGAAGGGUUGCGCAACGAGAGAUUUGCGACUGACGUAUUUGCUUGA